CUGCAAAAACCAGGGUGUUAAAUAUUCAACACCAGCAUGGAAUAGAAAAAUAUCAACACCCUUGGUGUUCAUUUCAUGUCCGAUUGGCGAAAAAUAACACCAACGGUGUGAAAAUAUUCAAUUACAGGCUGAUGGUGUCAUAUUUGGUGUUAUAAAAUCGCACAUGCGCAUAAGCUAGAGAAUUCGACGAAAAUCAUUGGACGAAAGUUGUCAUAUGAUCCGAUAUGCGCCUCUGCAGCUGCGCGCGCACAGCUAGACGAGAGCGCGCAUGUGGCUAGAGAAUUUCACUGGCACUGACUUGAAGUCUUGAUUCUGGAGUAGUAAUUCUUCAAAUUAGGCCUAGAUUCUAGAUGUGAAGUGAUCGAAGUGCAUGCAACCAUGCCAUUAAGCGUCAGGGUCUGUUCAGCGGAUCGAAGUAUUAGAAAAUACCUGCCUAUAGAUCCAGAAGACACAGUAGGAUUCUUUGAACUCAUCAGAAGAAAAUUCCACAUAAGGGAUGGGGAAGAUCUCGUACUUGUGGAUGAACAAGAAGGGUUUGGUAUAGACGAUGACGUACUAGGAGAUGUGGUGACCAGCAAUCCCACAGUCAGCCUCAUGGUGCUAAAAGAAGAUGAAGAAUGGUCUGGUUCAGAUGUACAUAGCAUCACAAGUGCAGACACUAUCAAGGUGGAUACCAGCUCCUCUUCCCUGAGUAGCUCAGAAUCUGAUUCAAGUUUUUGCUCCAGUAGAAAGAGGCCACGAUUAAAUGCCCUCAGUGAAUCAGGUGCAAUCACUGACAACUCUUGUGAGUUUGUACAAGAAAUUUUGCGGCACAGAGGUGAUGCCAUUCUCCGAGAGUAUGAAUUGACUGGAGCACUUCAAGAUAAAACUAGACGGCAGAUGAUUAACCUUUUGGUAGCCCACAUGCAAGAACACUAUGGCAAACAUCCAAAAGCAGCUAUGAAAACCAAAUAUGCCAUGGGGAUAGUGAAUCUGUUUCCAAGACUCAAGGAUCCGUUUACUAGCACAGGUCAUGAAGCUUAUUUUGAUGCAAGAAGUAACACGGGAUUCCUGGCUGCUAGAAUAAAAAAUGUUAACCGCACAACAGAGGAGAAGACAUCCAACCCAUUACCCAAGCCAUCAAGCAGAGAUGGUGGUCCUGGGAAGGUCCGAGAAGGUGACCAAGAAUCUGCUCCAGGCUGCACCUAUGAUGAAGACCUCAACUGGUUACGACACUGUCCAACAUUAGAACGUGAUUCUACCCUGGUUGUUGAAAAGAUGAAAUCCACUUUUCCUGUUAGACAGCAUAUGGUCAGGGACGGACGCUCCGCAUCGGAUAUUUUGGAACAGUUUCCUUUUGAAACUGUUCCAGGUUUGAUUGAGGUAGAUUUUCGGAAACUUUUUCCUGAAAAUCACUCGCGUUUCCUGACCAAAUGGCCCGAGUUGAAGCCCAAGGUUGUUACACUUGCAAGACAACUUCUGAAGCAGAAAGGAAACUUGACAGUGAUGGAGCUUCUGUCAUCUUAUGACAGUUCUGAUCAAAAUAAAGAAGGAUGGAAUUCCAGCACAUCUGCUAUCCUCCUCCUCUUGUGCCUAUUGCCUCCUGCAAGCCAAGGGAAGUCCAAAGCUGCGUCUGCAAAAGUGUCCAUUUCUUCAGCUCUCUCGAGGGUUAUUCAAUUUCAGAAGACAGGAGGGAGUAUUCAAGCAUUCCUCGACAACACAAAAGAGACCAAGAGUCAACCGUUCCUUCUGGCAAUUGGCAAUUCCAAGGCCCGAAUCACCAACUACAUGAUCAUUGUGGAUCACAAGGCCAUUCCAUGUUCGGCACGCACGGUCGAAGCAGCAGUAGAUUUACUCUUCAAGACCCACUUUGUCUUUGGCCUGCAGUACUGCUUGUCUCUGCGGCAGUUCUGGACUUUUGUCCAGACUGCCAUUUUUGAAAUCGAUAUCGGAGUGUCCCGGGAAACACCAAGAGUACGUGAAAUUAGAUCGAAAUUGUUAGCACCAUGAUUUGCUUCAAAUGCCACAAACAGUUUGCAAUACCCAAAUUGGUUCAACAUUUGAGAUUGAAACAUGGAGUUAUUGAAGAUGGUAAAGAAGUAUUGACCUGUGGGCAGGGAGCUUGUGCGAGAACAUUUCAUACUUUUCGAGGAUUUCGGGGACAUUUGCAGACUCACCUUAAAACCGAUUUUCCAGAUAAUAAAGAGCAGUCUAAUGAAAAUGAUAAAGUGAGUGACUUUCCUGAAGAAAGUCUUGAAAGUCUUCAAGAAUACAAUAUUAAUAAUGAUGAGAUUGUUGAAGAUCAGGAUGUAUAUGAAGAUGACAUUUUAUCUGUAGAUACCUUGAACAGGCAGUGUGUAAAUGUAAUUUCAAAAUUUUCAGCAAAUAGUGCAAACUCUGGAAAAGUUGUAAAUGAUGUAGUAGAAACAACCAGUGCGAUUGUAGGUGAUGUAGUAAAAAGUGCAUCGGCAGCCGUUACAGCUGCUUUCUUAAAACAUAAGCUGCCUAUAGAAUCCGAGGCUUAUAAGGAGAUUCAAACACAUUUUGCUAUGCUUGAAAAGCCCUUUGAAAAUUUGAAUUCAGAAUAUAAGCGGACAAAGUAUUGUGAAUCAAUUGGACUUGUUGAACCACAAGAAAUCAAGUUAGGCAUCCGAUAUGAUAGUCGUCUCAAUAAAAGAACUAAGCAGUAUGAACAGAUUGCUAUUGAAGAUACAUUUGUUUACGUUCCCAUUUUAGAUUCUUUGAAGCAGCUUUUAAGCAAUAAAGAUAUAUUGCAUUUUGCUACUCAUGACCAUAAGAGCACAGAUGGUGUAAUGAGAGAUUAUUGUGAUGGUUCACAAUUUGAGAAAACCCCUCUUUUCCAUGAAGAUGAGAAUGCCCUCCAAAUUCACUGUUUUUAUGAUGAUUUCGAGACUGUGAACCCCAUUGGUUCAAAAACAAAAAUUCACAAGAUAGGUGCUUUAUA